AUGCCUUUUUGAAAAGGCGCAUGGCCUUCCCGGUCAGGGAUUCGGAACGGCCUAACGGUGAGGUCAAUGUUGUGCCAUCUGCAAGGCACGAUUAGCUUUGCUAAAGCUUGUGUAUAUUCCCUUCUUGGCUGCUGCCAUUGUCCUCGUUGCCAAGCUCCCCACUCUCUUUGUUCACCACCGCUCCCCUGUCGUUUGUCCAGCAGGAACAAAGGAAAGGACUCGAUCCAAGUCCACGGACUCGUCACCCCAGAGAUCUUACGCCUGGUUCAUAUAACGAGUUCAGUGUCCCUCUUUGGCGCUGGCGACCAUGAACAUUCUUAAGACUGUUAUGCGUAAGCAGGAGAUGGCGUCCAACCCCGCCGCCGACGACAAUUGUUGCGCGAUAUGUUACGAAAAGGUCGGCGAAGUGAAGGAGGAGGGCGACCGAGAGGUCUGGCGAUACCUCCCCUGCGGCCACCGCUUCGGUGGGGACUGCAUACAACACUGGCUCGGCGUCGCCAGCGUCGAGGAGCCACACUGCCCGUGGUGCCGGGCGAGCAUGCGGUGCGACUGCGGGCAUCCCGUGGUGCCAACGACGAAGCCGGCGCGCAGCUACAUGUACUGGGGCUGGAUGCCGUGCGAAAUAUGCCACACCCAGCUUCAGCGGUCACGCAAGACGUCGAAGUACUUGCGCGGCCAGCUCUUGCCGCGGCUCAACUCCCUCAUCCACUCUCUUGACCACAACAUGGCCUCCAUCCCGGCGGAGGUGCCCAAGGAGCAGGAGGAUACGUCGGGGAAGGAACCGUGGGAAGACCGCGAGGUGUGGAGGAAGAAGUGGAUAGAGCACUUUCUGCAAGAAGAUCGGAAGGCUUCUACGUCGAAGUCGCCCAGGAAAUAGCAACAACCACUUGCCACGACGACGGGGGCGCUUGCACGGGACGACAAAAGGGAUCCUCCAGAACCGAAGACUCAGUCGCGCCUACCUAGUUUGACA